AUGGCCACUUACGACACCGUUCAUGUGGGCGGGCUUCCGCCGGGCACCAGCGAGCAAUCGGUCCGGGAGAUCUUUGGGCAGUACGCUCCGAUUCAUGCGAGCAAGGUCUUGGAGACAGGUCCGGGCCAAGCCGUGGAAGCUCUCGUGGGCAUUGGGAAAGAGGCAUCCAAGUGGCUGGUGGAGAACUUGAACGGCAACAUCCCACAAGGCUUGCAGACGCCAGUGACGGUCCAGAUGGUGCCUGAUCAGGCUGCCCCAGCUCCAGCCCCAGCAACCAGUGGACCAGGCGCCAGCUAUGGAAGCUCACCGGGCACGGGCAAAGACAACUUACAGAUUCGGGGCCUUCCAGACGGUUGCACUGAUGACUACAUGAAACAAAUCUUCGCACAGUAUGCCAACGUGAUCGGGUGCAAAGUGGUUCCAUCGUCCGGCAGGGGUGAGAUCGUGGGGUAUAUUCGUUUUGCUUCGGCAGAGGAGGCCAAAUACAUCCUGGACACCUUGAACGGCAACAUUCCUCAAGGCUUGCAGAACCCUUUGUCCAUCAAGUAUGCCGGUGAUCGGGCUGGGCUUGUUGGCUCCGAUCGCACCGAGGAGGGUGAUUGGAAGUGCGAGCUUUGUUCCAACGUCAACUUCCGCAGGAGAGACUACUGCAACAUUUGUACCAACCCUCGUCCAGCACAUAUCAAUGGAAAAGGGGCAAGAGGCGCACCACCAGGUCCAGAAGGAUGUGGCGGCGGAGGAGGAGGAGGAGGUGGUGGAUGUGGAGGUGGCGGAAAGUCCGGGGAGUCGAGGCCUCCGAAUAUCCAGUUGUACAUUGCCGGGUUGCCCAUUGGUUCCACCGAGGAAUCCUUGAAACAGUUCUUCGUCCAGUACGGAGAGGUGUACCAGAGCAAGGUGCUUCCACCCAAACCUGGCAAAACGACAAUUGGAGGUUUUGUGCGAAUGCCCGAGUUUGAGGCCAAGUGGUGCAUCGAGAACUUGGAUGGCUUCCAGCCUGAGGGAUAUCCAGGCCCUUUGACAAUCACCUAUGCCAAGGAUCGGGAGGCAGAAGGUGGGAAGGGCAUGAAAGGCCCAGGGAAAGGCUUUUUCAGUUCUGGUGAUGGCUUCGGUGGCAAGGACGGUGGGUUUUCGAAGGGCGAUUUUGGCAAGGGAGGCAGUGGAAGCGGUGGCGGAGGUGGGUGGGAGUGGGGCGAGAAGGGCUGGGAAGGAAAAGGCAAAGGCAAAGAGGGCAAGACGGGCAAAGGCAAAGAGAGCUUCAAGGGAGACUCUUGGGGAGACUGGGGCUGGGAUCCUAUGAGCGAGCUUUGGGCUAUGAUGGCCAUGAAGGGUGCCAUGAUGAAGGGCAAAGGCAAGAGACCCGGACCAUACUAG